CUGUACUUCUAUCAGCUUCUAUAGUGUAUUAUGCCAUUGUUGUGGUAUCAAUGUUUCUUACUGACCAGGCCUCAACCUGACAUCCUUCACGCCGUAUGGACAAGUAAGAACUGAACAUCAUUUGUUCACAAGACGGAUUGAAAGCGAAUGCAGCAAUGGCCCUUUGAUGGAAAGACUAUUCGGCGGAUUAGUGACAACGUGUUAGGAAAAGCAAAGCUCCAUCUCCGGGAUGUGCGCUCCGGCCUUUACCAGGUCAAAUGGUUCACCGCCGACGGCGAGGUGCCGCAGCUGUGCAGGGGCUACGACCUAGAGAUAUAUACCGAGGUGGUUGAGAUUUCAGAGGACCGGGACCUAAUGGAGACCCGAAUGCCGUUCGGCAUCUUAGACCGCUUUGCCAAGCUCGCCGAGGUGGCCAGGGGGCUGCCGCCGGCUGCCUCCCCAAAGACGACCGACGCCCUUUCCUCUAAGUCCAGCAGCAGCGAUAGCAGCGGCGAAACCGGCAGCGACGGUGGCGGCAGCAGCAACGCUGGCGCUGCUGCUGGUGGCGCUGCACAGCCGGGAAGCCGAAAUACAGCAAGUACCGAACGCACAGCCGGCGCCCGUGAUCCUGCAACCGCCAGGCGCCCUGCUGCCUCCGCGGCUAUCUCGGGUGAGGGCUCCGACCAUGCCUCCUCCCCACAGCCCGACGCAGCGGCCCGGGGUCGUGCCGCCGCUGCCACCCAGGCGCCCCGUCACGCCCAGGGGACCGCUGCACGCCAGGCGGCGGGACGAACACCGCCCAGUGCUGCUGCUGCUGCAGCUGCCAACGUCGCUGCUGCAGCAGCAGCAGGUGGUGGUGGUGGCGCAGCUGCCGCAGGCGCAGCGGAGGUGGCAGAGGAGGUGUCGGACUCCGUGCUGCUGGUGGAGAGGUCGGUGGAUGAGGUGUCGGGUGGGGUGGGGACGGGGGCGGCGGAGGAUGGCGGCAGCACUGCGGGCGGUGCGCUGGCGGGCGGUGGCGCCCCCGUUGCGGGCGACAUCAGCGAUGACGGCGGCGGUAGCGGUAGCGGUGGCAGUGCAGUUGAGGAGGUUGAGAUGCAGGAUGUUGAGAUGCAGGAGGAGGCGGAGGUUGAGAUGGAGGAGGCGGCAGCAGGCGGUGGGGGUUCUGGUAAUGGCGGUGGAGGAGGAGGAGGAGGCAAGGAUGGGGUUGACGCGCACCAUCAACUUGCGGGGCGGGGUGGCUCCCGUGAGAGGCAGGAAGGAGCCGGGGAUGUGUUUGCCAGGACGUGUGAGGAGCUGGACGAGGCGGCAGCUGAGGAGGAGCCCAGCACGGCUGCUGCUGCUGCUGCUGCUGCCCGGGGAGCCCCUUCCGCCGCAGCAGCAGGCCCUGCAGCAGCAGCAGCCUCCCUUUCGGUCCUGGUCGUCACGAGCUCCGCCUCCGAAGCUGCGGAGGGAAGGCCGCAGCUGCGAGCCAACCCGCACCAGCAGCAGCAGCAGCCACGCCCUCAGAAGAACCGGCUGAGCCUGAAGCGGAAGGACCAUGCGAAGCCUCAGGCUCCUCAGCAGCAGGCCUCCCCCCUUGCAAUUCCCGGCUGCACGGCAGCGGCAGCUAAGGCACCAACCGCUACCGCCGGGGCCGCUGCCGCUGCCGCGCCUACACUGGAGGCGGCGGCGGCGGCGGAGCAAGCUGAGGCAGCAGCAGCAGCGGCGGCGGCUGAAGGUGCUGCAGCAGAAGCCGCAGACGUAGCGGUUGGCGCUGCCCCUGCCCCUGCUGCGCCUGGGUUGCUUGCCGGUGAUGUGGCGGUGGCGGUGGCACAGCUGCAUGCGCUGCUGGGGCCCUCCGCCAGUGCCAGUCAGGAGCAGGGGCAACAGGAGGAGGAAGAGGAAGAGCAGGGGCAACAGGAGGAGCACCAAGAGCCGGCGCAGCAGCGCCAGCUGUCAGCACCAAGUCCUGAGCGGCGAGACCGGCAGCGGCAGCAGCAGCAUCACACGCGGUCGCCGCUGCCGGCAGAGCAGCAGCAGCAGGUACAACACCGGGCACAGCAUCAGGCGCAAGAGGAAGAGCAGCAGAAGAUCCAACAACAGCAGCAGCAGCAACAGCAGCCGCUGACUCAGCAGCAGCCCACGCCAGAUGCUGGCCGGCGUGAGCUGCCUGGCUGCCCCCGGGGGGGUUGCCGGGGGGCUCGGAGGCGGCAACCGGGCGAUGUGGUUGGUCCCUUCACGGGCCGCAUCUACCCCGCUGAGCUGUGCAUGCGCCCCGGCGACCGCCCCCUCUCCGAGCAGUUGCGCCACCCGGGCUGCGGCGUCAGUGCCGACGACAGCCGCCGGGUGGAGGCCAUCCUGGACUCGCUGCCCACCCACAGCCGGGGGCCUAUCUACCUGGUCAAGUGGGUAGGGUACGAGCUGGACCCCGGGG